CUUUGGUUGCUGAAGAAGAAAUGUGCAACUCCAUGAAUGCAACAAGGCAAAUAUUCUUCUAAUGAUCGGUUAUUGCAAAUUCAUGAGAAUUCGAAUUCUCUUUUGGCUAGUAGAACUCUUCACGCUUGUUUUUACGAUUUUGCUAUUACAAUUUAUUCUUAUGAUCGUCCACGUUCGCUCAACCGACUCUUGCUGGAUAUUCUAGAGCAAGAGCAGCAUGCAGUGGUCAGAAAGCGACGGCUAUUUUUACAAGUUAUAGAUGAUAAUACCAUUGGUUGCUAUGAUAUUCACUAUUGGCGAAAUUCAAAGUCUGAUGGUGUGGAUGACUUCUAUCGAGUCAAUAGCGAAGAGCAGCUAUUAGAACUCCCUUGUAUCUUCCCCUCCCGACUGUUUCAAGUCUUAAAAACUCUAAAAGGGACUUUUGAUUGGCAGAUAUGGAUAAGCAAAAGACAUUUUGGCAAACACGAGCACUGGAAAAUGGUGCGACGUGCGUUUGAAACCUUGAAAGGUGUUCACAGUACUUUUUAUGUAUUCUUACAAGAUGAUAUGAGAAUAUGUUCUCAGUUCUUAAGUAGAGCACAAAAAUUUUGGUUAGUUAUUGAGGAUACGUACAAAAUGACGCUUUCUUUGCAUUGUGAUAGCAAUAGAGUGAAUUACUCCGGUUGGACAACGCUAAGUUCAAGACAGAUGGAUAACAUUGUAGUUCUAUCAGGGUGGGUAGAGUCAAGUAAUUUCCUUUGCGAAAGACGUUUUCUUGAAUGGAUAAACUUUUCUGUUCCAACUGUGAAUCCUUCUCGGUGGUAUCGUAGAAAAUAUGCUUCCUCCGGUGUUGGUGAGACGUUGUCAAAUCUACUUCACCGAGAGGGCUAUAACAUGUAUCGUACUUCAUAUUCUCUUUUGUAUCACACUCGUGCUCAUGAGUCUAAAAUGCAUCCAGUCAUCAGAAAAGAAGAGAUUUUGGAAACAUAUGCCUUUAUUGAUGGACAGAUUGUUAGUUCUCGCAUGGAGUUGGAAUGCGCUACUGUUACUUGUUCCAUGGUUUCAACUUGGCCAAGGAUUCAGUUACUAUACGACUCUUUGUAUAGCCUGGCUCCUCAAGUUGAUGUUAUUUAUUUGUAUCUGAACGAUUAUGAAUAUAUUCCUCCAUUUCUUCAUAUAGGUUUCAUUCAAAUAGUGUCUUCUUCUGAGUCAUCAGACUUGGGAGAUAUCGGGAAGUUUUAUGUUACUCCUUAUUCAGACUAUCAUUUUACACUGGAUGAUGAUAUAAUCUACCCCUGGGAUUUCGUGAUGGCUAUGAUUCGCUGCUAUGCAUCCCUUCCACAACCUUGCCUUUUGGGAGUGUAUGGUGUAAUGCUUGAUCAGGAAAAAUUAUUUCGGCAAGACUAUUUUCAAUCAAGAACUGUGAUAAGCCUUGAAAUGGCCGUAUCUCAUCCUUGUCGAGUAAACAUAAUAGGCACAGGUGCUAUGUUGUAUCAGCCUCGUUCAUUCAAGAUAUCUAAAGAAAUUUUCAUAGAGAAGAAUAUGGCAGACAUAUAUAUUUCUAUGCAGGCUAAAAUUAGGAAUAUCAGUCUAUUUAUUGUGAAUCGUUCAAGUUACUGGUUGAUUGAGCAGAGAAAGGACGGCAUUCCCUCCAUUUACGAAGACGUCAUAAGAAAUAGACAGAAACGCAGGAAAAUUACAAAAAUACUUCGUGACUUCAUGCCUUGGGAUUGUUCGCAUACAGACAACGAUUCAGUAUGUUGUUUACUCAAUAACAAAAUACCACUCUAUUAACUGCGCUUCGCUGACAUCAGACGAAGCACUUUU